AUGGCAUGUCGAUUGACUAAGAACGACUCGAGUGUGUUGGCGGCUCUGUUCGACCCAGAAUCGUCGUUAACUUGCGCUGUCGAAACUGACGACAAUAUCUCAACAUCUUCGUCGCCAAGCAGACUGAAGCUGCUCCAGGAACAAGAAGUCUUUGCCCUCAAAUCAACAAACCACGACCAACCUCAACCGGGCGAGAUCGAACUUGCAAUAUCACGAUUGACAGCCAUCAUCGAAAGCGAACGCCUCUAUGCAUCAGCAUGGAACAAUAGAGCACAAGCACGCCGGAUGCUCAUCACCGACGAAAAGCUGUCGCAAAACCCAUCAUGUGUAGCUGAGAUUUUCAAAGACCUUGCUCAAGCUAUAUUAUUGACAACCCCGACAAAAGCAAAUAUGGCGGUUUCUAUCAUGGAUGCGAGAACCCUCGCAUCGGCACAUACCCACAGAGGCUAUCUGCUGCUCCUAGCAAGCAAGUCGGAGGAGAACCGGAAAAUGCUAGCGAACGUGCCAGGCCUGGGGCAACUAUCCAUACAGGACCUGGAGGAAGCCGCCAGUCGUGAACUUGCAAAGGGGGGACGAUAUGGCAACGAGAGGGCCCGCCAGCUUGCGGUCAAGACUAAUUCAUACGCCAAGCUGUGCGGAUCCAUAGUCAGGGAAGCGAUAACGAAGGAGAUUUCGGACUUUUACCACCUACAGGUCGACCUGGCGGGUUAG